AUGACACUGAUAUCCGAGCCUUACUUUACGUUGAAGCAUCGCAAUCGCGCCAAGAAUGAUCAAAGUUCUCAAAAAUUUCUUGUUAGCAGGAAGGACCUUCUUGAGGACGAGUUUUCGUUGUAUUGUUCUUCUUUAUCAUCAGUUCAACGCAUUGAGGAAGUACAAAAACUUGAUUGUCCUUCUAACGGUAAACCAUGGAGGCAUUGCAAAUUAUAUUGUUGUUACGAUAGCUUGGUGCUUAUCGUGGUUUUUAACUAUCGUGAUAAAACCAAUCGACUUUUGCUAUGGAACCCCUCCACAAGAGAAUCAAUAGUACUUCCGGAUCAAAAAUUUUCACUGGAGCGGCGUUGGUGUACUUGGGGAUUGGGAUAUGAUUCAGUUAGCGACGACUAUAAGAUCCUUAAGAUUGAUCUAGAGUCAUGCAGUGAAAUUCUCGCAUUGAAAAGUGGCUCCUGUAGAUUAACGAAUAACUAUCCUAUCGGCAAUCGCCCUGAUUUAUUAUGUACAGAAUCUUUGGUAUUUGUGCAUGGAGCAUUUCAUUGGAUCGAUAAUAUAACAAGAUCUACGGUGACUGCACUGAGUAUUUCAAGUGAGGUGUACACAGAGAUACCGUUGCCAGAGAAAAUACGCUCGAUUUAUGACCACAAGUGCAGGCGGCUUGUUUCAGUUUGA